CAGGUAAUGUCUGCUAAAAAGUGACAGAGCGUCGAUCGCUCAACUCAAGUUUCACCACGACUGCAACUGUUCAACAUGCUGGGUCCUCCAUAGAUGUAGGACGCUUGCCUUCAGGACGUUGUUAUUGAGGCUGUCAUAUAGCAGCAACAGCGCCGACGGACGCCCACUUGCAUCAGCCUUCCUCCUGCUGGAACUUCCAGAGCAGUUUGCUGUUUUGGCAUUUCCGACUACUGUGCGGAUUAUUGCGUCGUUCAAGCGACUCGAGUACUCUGCGAGCAAAGCGCUUGUGAAGGUGAACAGCUAAUCCCCCAUCGGAUAUAAGCGUAUCGUUGUCUCUCGCAACCAUGCUGUACGAUUCUGCGUACGCAAGCGAAAUCAAGGCGUGGCUAGCCUCCAAACUCGAACCAAUAUGCGACGCCGAUCCAGAUGUCCUAGCCGACUACGUUCUGGCUCUGCUGAAGCACGAUGAUGAUGCGGUAAAGCUAGCGCAAACUCUGAAUGAUCAACUUUCCGACUUUUUGGCGGACAAUACCAUAUCUUUCUCCCAAGAAACUGUGGAGAUGCUCCAGCAGCGCUCGUAUCUGCCUGCAUCUGCACCAGCCGAGCCACCGAGUCCAUCCGCGAUGGACACUUCAAGCAGCCGCAAGCGCGGACGACCAGAGGGGCGAGAAGACGGGGACACAUCGAUGACCAAGUCGUUGCGCUCUGGAGAUGGUCAACAAGGAGAUGGUGCUCAGAACGACGCUUGGGCAAAUAGACGGAUAGGUAGUGGAUCAACACGUGGGGGCCGUGGAGGCGGCGGUGGAGGGAGGAUGGGCAAUGUGUCCCCUAUCGGCGAUCGACAACAGCAGCCAGGCGGGAGAGUCACCUUGCCGGAAGGAAUGUGCAGGGAUUUCCACCUGCGAGGGUUCUGCUCCCGUGGCGAUUCGUGCAAGUACCAACAUCUUCCAACGAAUGGCCAGCCUUGGGGAAUGCCACAGCCGGGGGCCUUCCCUAUGCCUGGCUCAGUGCCUGGCUCAGUGCCCAUGCCGACGCCUCCCCAAGCUGGCGGCGAAGAUGCAGAGAUGUCCAAUGGGGCUCUCAGCGUGAAUAAUGGCCUUCCUGACCAGCCGAACCCGGUUAUGAUGCCUUUCCCAUUCCCUGGGAUGCCGGGGAUGCCAGGGAUGCCCGGCCUGCCGCCAAUGCCUGGAAUGGAUUUUGGCAUAUUUGCCAAUGGAGAUGGUGGACGAGGUCGAGGGCGAGGACAAGGGUCAGGGCCCGGGCGCGGCGGGCGUGGCAUGAAUGGACAGUUCCGUUCCACACGGCGCUCUCAGACGACGCUUGUCAUUGAGAACGUUCCAUCAGAAAACCUGGACCUGAUGCAGGUCAACGAGCGCUUCAAGCGCUUUGGCACUAUAACCAAUAUCCAGAUCGACAAGGCUGGCCGAAAAGCUCUCGUAUCUUACUCGACGGCCGACGAGGCUCGCCGUGCUCACUCCGAUCCCGAUGUGAUCUUUGGCAGUCGCUUCGUCAAGGUCUACUUCCAAGCCUUGGACGACCAGCCGAGCAGCGAUGGUGCCCACUCGCCCGGGCAGAACGCAGGCGCCAGAGGGCCUUCCGCUUCUUCAUCCGCAUCGCGCAGUGGCCGAGGCGGUACGCCUGGCUGGGGUGGCAAAGGAAGCGGCCGCCAGCCGGUUAUUACAGCAGCCGACGUCAAGAUGCUGUCUGCAGACGCAAAGGCCAAGCAGUCCGCUGUUGCCACUAUGCUGGAAGAACAGAAGUUGCUCAUGUCCGGCAUCACCAUGCUCGAUGGCGACGCAAAAAAGAAGGCUAUGAGCCGUCUGCGUGAGCUGGCGACCACCAUUCCGUUGGCGACGCAGCAGGCGAAGGAAGCUGCAGAGAAGGUCCAGAAUGUCGGACCUGUCACGCCCAUUCCUGAGAGCUCCAAGGCUCUCAUGGAGAAGGCAAAGAAACGACAGCUGGACCGAGAGCUCGAUGCGAUGGCCGCUAGUGGUGUAGGUGCAUCCAUGGCAGUGGAUGGGGAAGAGGGAGGAACGGGGGCUAGCGAAGACGGCGCAUCCACUGAGGAGCUCAAGGCGAAGCUCCUAAGUCUCAAGGCUGAGGCCGCUGCACUGGGUAUCGAUGCCUCUGGUGCAACUGGCGGUCGUGGUCGAGGCCGCAGCGGGCGCUUCCUGACUCGAGGAGCAUAUCGCGGGAGGGGUGGUGCGGCCUGCGGCUUCCAACGCGGCUUUGCCAACCUUGACAAUCGUCCAACGAAGCUGCUUGUCGACCUCACAACCGAGGGCGGCGAUGCCAUUGACGGCGAGAAGAGGGAGAAAGUCAUAGCUUGGUUCAAGAAUUUUGGCGAGUUCGAGAAUAUCGAAGAGGGGGAUUCUGGUGCGUCAAGCAAGCUUGUGAUCAAGUGGAAGAACAGACACGAGGGAGAUAAGGCUGUUUGGUCUGGCGGUAACAUUCCAGACGUUGGGAAGGUUAAGAUGCAUUGGGCAGCAGUGGCGGUAUCAUCUCCUGCUUCCGCUGCUGGUACUGAGACGACCAGCCCGGCUACUGCUGCAAAUGGGGACCAGACUUCGUUCGCGAUGACAGCAGUUUGAAAAACCGCGACGACAGAGCGAAGCGAGGAAGACAUGUGCAAUGAAGUAUAGUGUGUCUCGCAUGCUAUCCAAAAGCUGAGGGACAAGACUGCACUCGGGCUGAUACGCCGAGGCGGCUCGUAUCAACUUUUUGACAAAGCACAGAUUUGAAUCACAUGCUUGGUGUGAAAGAAAACAACGUGGAGCACGCACUGACAGAAAGAAGUAGACGAAGUCGGCCAUUUGCAUACUCCUGCUGCUUUUAUACAUUGCACAGGGCAUCAUAG